UUGUUCAUUGAUGAUCAUUCAUUUUUGCCAUUCAGUACUUUAGUACUUAGCAUAGGAGCAUGUAGGAGAAAGUCAUCAGCUCUGAUCAGCUCCAGCAUCAACCAAAACUGACCAAAAGGCUGACUUGAAAAAGACGAGGUCAUUGGUUGGUAUCAAAGUUGAUGACUUUCUCCUAAAGGACAAGAAUUAAUCCAUAACCUCAAUAUACCUCGGCAUGUUUGUAACUCAACCGUUACUUGCAUUUUCCAUAAACAAGUGGAAUUUCAACAUAUUACAACCAAUUACAACUAUGAUUGGAAGUGUCAUCGUCCUCACGCCGAACGGUCGACGACAAAACGUCAAAGUUACACCAAACACUACGAUAUUACAAGUUCUAGAAGAUGUCUGCAAAAAACAUGAUUUCAAUGCAGAUGAUUAUGAUGUCAAACACUUCAACCGUGUGUUGGAUCCUAAUACGAUAUUACGGUUUACUGGACUACCGAACAAUGCACAAUUAGAAAUGAUACCUUGUACAAAAACACGUUCCAUAUCGACUGUUACAAUAGGUGUGCAAUUAGAAAAUGGAGAACGAUUAAUGGGUGAUUUUGAACCUAAUACAACAUUAAUCAAAAUUUUACAACAUAUGUCCCUUGAUCAGGAUCUUGAAAGAACUGUUUUAACAUAUAUGCAUCGUGAGGUUUAUGGAAUAGAAACUCUGAAGACUACAACAUUAAAAUCAUUAGGACUAACUAGUGGUAAAGCUGUAUUACGCUUAAUAUAUCGAGAUCCUCAAAAAGUAAACUGCCAAACUUCUCUAGCAACACAGUCUAAUAAAGUAUCAUCGAAUUCUGCAAUUCUCUCGAAAAUGGAAAUACAUAGACCAAAAGAAGAUUGUUCUAAGAGUGUAGAAGUUAAAACAAAAGAAUUAAUAACAUUAGAUAAAGAAAAUAGAAUUCUUGCAACAGAAGAAAAUCAGCCAAUGCCAUCAACUAGUAAAGGCUACACUAUGACUAAAGGUCAAAUUUUAUCCAAACCACCAACCAAGAAUGAAGUAACAGAUAUAAAUGAAAUAGAGUUUUUAGGCGAGAGAAAUGCUUUGGUAUUCAAUCAUGCUAUAAUUCAAUCGAUACCUAAAGAUGAAUUACCAGACGAUUUUUACGAUUUAACAGUUGAUGAUGCAAAAGUACUAUUAAGAGAUGCUAAACGUCGUAGAGAACAACUAGAGGAAGCACCUCUGAUAACAAAUACUCAACGACAAUUAGAUCAAGACAAAAGAAUCUUAAGUCAAUUAAACAAGUAUCGUUAUACGAUAAUUCGCAUACAAUUUCCAGAUCAGUUUAUCCUUCAAGGCUUAUUCCGGCCAGUGGAAACUGUACAAGCGAUAAAAGAUUUUGUAAAAAGCUACUUGGCUGAUCCAAAUGGUGACUUUAUAAUUUUUACUACUCCGCCAAAGCGUGUUUUAAAUAGUAACGCACGUUUAAUCAAUGAAAACUUGGUACCUUCAGCUAUUGUUUAUUAUUCUGGGCAGUCAACUCUUCGAUCUGAUAUAAAAGAAAAAUUGACAGACCCUAAAGAAGUUGAAAUACAGGUUGCUAAAGUUAGAAUGUCGAUGCGAAACGAAGAAAGUCAAGUAAUUAACGAAGAUGUAGACAUUAUUGAUACUGAAAAUCGUAAAUCAGUUAAAGCGAGUAAUGCGAAUACUGGUAGUAAAUCAUUAAGUGAAAACAAAAACAAAAUACCAGCAUGGUUAAAUUUACCAUUCAAAUAAUGAAUUAACUUUGUUAUUGCUAAUAAAUUGAAAUAAUUACAAAUA